AUGGUGCUCGUAUCUUUACUCGAUGGUUCAAUUCGUAGUGUCGAUCGUUUAAAAGCAAGCGUAUAUUGGACAUUACCCGCAACGGGAUCGAGCACAUUGAUACAUUCUAGUGCCCAUAUUCGGAAGCAGCAGCAGCAACAACAACAAGCCUUUCAGGACAUUUGGGAUAAUAUUGAUUCACUUGACCAAGGAGACAAUCUUUUGCAACAGCAACAACGAGAAGAGUCAGAAAGUAGCGAAGAAACGUUGCCGACAAACCAAGCACAUUAUAUUGUCGAGCCUCAAAACGGUGGUACAUUGUACCUUUAUGACGAAGGUGCCUUGGAGAGGCUUCCAUUCACGAUCCGAGAAUUGGUGUAUCGGUCGCCGUUACGAACGAGGAACGGAACAACCUAUGUCGGUAGCAAAAAGACGGUGAUGCUUGCUAUCAAUCCACGUUCAGGAGAAAUAUUGCAAAGGCUAGAAUUGGAUCAAAAACAGGAUGCCUUUUAUAUGGCAACACAAAAGACUUUGCCUCCUCAUACGAUUUAUCUUGGACGUGAUGAGUACCAAGUAGCCAUUUUCGAUGGAGACAACAACCGAUGGUGGAAGAUCGAAUACAACGAAUAUGUAUCUAACAAACUCGAUUUGGAUGUGCCACCGACUAAUCCUGCGAGUGACAUCUACAUUGCACCCGACGCUAUUGGUACCAUAUCAGCUAUCGAUGUUGGCCAAGUAGUUAGUGUAUUUGAUGUGUUUAUGCGUCGUGACAAUACGAUUGCGCUUUCGAGACAAACGCCUCCCACCUCGCUCUACAAAGGCGCUGUAGGCGAGAUGCUGGACAUUAUGCGGAGACAGAAUGGGCAACUUAGUGUGUAUGUUGGCGAGUAUAAUGGUAGUCUCUAUGCGCUCGACAUAAACAACUAUCCCUUGGCUCGAAUUUCGCGGGUUGCUCCUAUUGUCACUGGCCGAUUACCCGGUGACAGACGAUUGCUCUUGGAUGCGAGCGAAUCGACAACAACAGCAGGUGAUACAAGCUACAACCAUGACGGCGACAGACAACGCUGCCGACCGGAUGAUCCCCGUAUAGAAUGCCAGGUUGGUCUGCAGCCGUUGCGAGUAGAUUACACGUCUGCUCAUGAUAGCAUGUACAAGCCUGCAAAACAGCUUCCGGCAAAUGACAUGCCUUCAAAGCCAACAACUACAUAUGAGGAAAUGAUGCGGGAUCAGGGAGCAGGCAGGUUCUGGAAAACUUAUUUGCUGUUGUUUGCCACUGCAACCUAUCUCUACCGACAUCGUCUACUGCGUCUUUAUGCUAGACAUGUUUAUCCACGAAUGUUGGAUAUCAAGAAAAGAUAUUACGAUAAAGCCUUUAGGCUUCCUGCCCGGUUAACGACAACAGCACCACCAACGACAAAGAAGACGCCAACUAUCAAUAACAAGAAGCAACCAGUAACACAGCUCAAGCAACAAAAAGUAGCAACGGCAAUUCAGAUAUCGUCCCCUCCACCAUCACCUUCUGUGCCUGCUCUGCCUCCCUUACGCAGCAGCUCAGCUUUAUUGUCAAAAGGCUCAACGCAAUCCAUCGGCAUUAAAGGCUUGGACCUUAACAACUUUCGGCAAACCAAAUCGCAAGUUCUCAAACUGUCGGAGACAGUGCUGGGUUAUGGAAGCCACGGCACUGUCGUUUACAAGGGAGAGUUUGAUGGACGAGCUGUCGCUGUAAAGAGGCUUUUGAUUGAUUUUUACGAUGUCGCUUUCCAAGAAGUCAAGUUAUUGCAAGAAAGUGAUGAUCAUCCAAACGUUAUCCGAUAUUUCUACAAGGAAGAAUCUGAUCGAUUUUUGCACAUUGCACUCGAGCUCUGCUAUGGCUCGCUACACGACUUUAUGGACCGAUCGAUGGACGUCCCAGAAAUGAAACUUUUUGAUCAAAUGGACCCCGGAAACAUCCUGAAGCAAAUCAUGAAUGGCAUACAGCAUCUCCACUCACUUAAAAUCGUUCACCGUGACAUCAAGCCCCAAAACAUUCUGUUGGCGCCCAACAAACUUCGACAGGACAAGGGUAUGCGUAUCCUACUAUCCGACUUUGGUCUUUGUAAAAAGCUGGAAGGUGAACAGAGUAGCUUCCACUACACAACCGUAUCGCCAGCUGGUACCGCGGGUUGGCGUGCGCCAGAACUAUUGGCGGGUGCACUAGCCGAAGCAUCGGAUAGCAACACAAGCAACAGCGGCAUUGCCGCUAGUGGUGCUGGUACCAGUGCUGCUAGUAGUGAACGUACAAUUGCAUCUUUUUCAAAAGCAACAAGAGCCAUCGAUAUCUUUUCUGCUGGUUGUGUGUUUUACUAUGUUCUAUCUGGUGGCGACCAUCCAUUUGGAGAUCGGUUUAGCCGUGAAAGCAACAUCCUAAAAGGCGAUCAUUCAUUGGUCAAGCUUGAGAGUAUGGGUGAAGAUGGGGUCGAAGCUAUGGAUCUAAUCAGUCACAUGAUUUCCAACGAUCCACGUUCUCGGUAA